AUCUAACUGGCUAAAACCGUGCUGUGGGAGACGAGCAGCUGUGUGGCAGGUAUUUUUGCUCAGUGCAAGUCUCAACGGUUUCCUGGUAGCCUGUGUAGUAUUGGUGGUGAUUCUUCUGACUCUGGAACUCCUAAUAGAUAUAAAGCUUCUCCAGUUUUCAAGUGCUUCACAAUUUGCAGGAAUAAUUCACUGGAUCAGCCUAGUCAUCCUGUCUGUUUUCUUUUCAGAGACUAUUUUGAGGAUUGUGGUCCUUGGCAUAUGGGAUUACAUUGAAAACAAAAUAGAGGUAUUUGAUGGUGCUGUCAUAAUCUUGUCCUUGGCACCAAUGGUGGCCUCAACAGUGGCUAAUGGCCCCAGCAGCCCAUGGGAUGCUAUCAGCCUUAUUAUCACACUACGAAUAUGGAGAGUGAAGAGGAUCAUUGAUGCCUAUGUCCUUCCAGUGAAAGUGGAGAUGGAGAUGAUGAUUCAGCAGUAUGAGAAGGCAAAGGUUAUUCAAGAUGAGCAGCUGGAAAGACUAACCCAGAUCUGCCAAGAACAAGGGUUUGAAAUCAGGCAGCUGAGAGCCCACCUUGCUCAGCAGGAUUUGGAUCUGGCUGCAGAGAGGGAGGCUGCGCUGCAGGUCCCACAUGUACUGAACAAACAGACCAGCAACAGGUACAAAGUGGUAGCAACUGAAGAUUCAGAUGAUGAAGCCACCGAGAACAUCACUGAGCUGCGACCUCCACGAGAGGAUGACAUGAAUAAUUACAUCAGUCGAUACUACAAUGAGCCUAGCAGCG